AUGACGAGCAUCCGGAAAGUCAUCAUCUCCCAGUACGGCGACGUCGACGUGAUCAAAGUCGUCACAGAUGUCUGCCCCCCACCGCCCCCCGGCGAAAUCCAAAUCGCCACAGAAUACUCUGGCUUCUCCGGCGCAGACGUCAACAUGCGCAAGGGCAUUUACCCCUUCAUGAAGAAAGCGCCCCUCACACCAGGCUACUGCCUCGUCGGCACCGUCCGCGCCCUCGGCGAGGGCUCCAAGAACUUCCAAAUCGGCGACGUCGUCGCCGUCCUGACCAAGUACGACUCCGAAGCGGAGCUGGUCAACCAACCCGAGAAGUACUGCAUCCGCGUGCCCGACGGCGUGGAUCACCGCCAGGCGACGGCGCUCAUCUGCGACUGGAAUACCGCGUACGGUAUGGUGAUGCACUCGGCGAGGGUGUCCAAGGGCCAGCGGGUAUUCGUGCACGGGAUGAGCGGCGCCGUGGGGUUCGCGCUCAUGAAGCUUGCGCAACUGCAGGGCGCGACGGUAUACGGCACCGCGAGCCAGCGGAACCAUAUUGACGUUCGGCGCGAGGGCGGGAUCCCCUUUGUCUACAGCGACAAGAACUGGAUGAAGGAGAUGAAGGCCCUGGGCGGUGCGCACGCCGUGUUUGACCCGCUUGGCUUCGAGAGCUUCGAUGAGAGCUACUCCAUCCUCGCCGAGGACGGCACGCUCGUCGGGUUCGGGAAUAACAAGGCUUCGUUGAACGAGGGCGCGCCUCCACGAAACCCGACGGGUGCGCUGUUGAAGCUUUUUGCCAGGAAUUUGAACUUGUUGACGAAGAGGAGCACGACUUUCUAUGCGUUGAACAGGGACUCUGCAACGACAGGGACGAUUACGGUGCCGAUCAAGUGUGUUUGGGACAUGGAGGAUAUUCAGACUGCGCAUCGGCAGUGGGGUGGUGGCAGUGGUGUUGGAUCUUUGUUGAUCAAGGUGGCUAAGAACUAG